UACAAACACAAGCUCAUGAAACACAGGAAGCAGUCAUCAUCAGACUUCACUAAGCCAUCACUAGCCCACAGUUUUCGUCCAUCUCGAGUCGCCUUGGAGCGUAGUUUUUCUUUUCCUUGCUCUACUAGUGAGUCGAGAUCAACACUGGACAUUCAGUCAAUCAAUACUUCAGUCAUGACUCGAUCUGACAGGAGCAGCAUUUACGGGGCGUACGGGUCUUCGGUAUCCCCAUCUUCUUCCGAUACAGGCAGCAAGGCGGACCCUCUGGACAGGCCUCUGGACCUUGUGGUCAAGAACAAGUCCAGUAAUGUCAUGGAGGAGGAUGUGGAGAGACAGUUUCGUAUCAGAUCCACUGACACCUGGCCUCCCGCGGGCACCAGAGCAGGGACCGUGUCGUGCUCCCUAGAACGUAGACGGUCAGUAGAUGACCAUCACCAGUGUCCACCCCAGCCACUUAACCUCAGUAAGGAGUCUCUUGGGGAUGACGAUGUCACCCUGUCUCAGACAAGCAGU